AUGGCGUCUGGCGGACCAACGUCACUCAACCCACCGAAGCGGAUGAAGCUGAAGGAGAACCAGAUGGUGGUGGCGGUUCGUGACUAUCAGCCCGGGGCGCUCAAGCGCAAGCUCCCGCUCGGUAACUACGUCAGUGCGGACAACGUCCUACCGACGGUCGCUGUCCAGACAUUCGCCAAGCAGCUCGCCCACAUUGGCGCUGGUGUUGGGCCCGGUCGGAAGCGAUCCAGCAGCAGCGAACCCCGGACCGGCGUAUCGGCGGUCGAGCGCCGUAACGCGCGCGAACGCAACCGGGUCCAGCAGGUAAACAAUGGGUUCGCGGCGUUGCGUCAGCGAAUUCCGGACGAGAUAGCGGAAGCGUUCGAGGCGGGCACAACGGCACGCGGUGUGCACAAGAAGCUGAGCAAGGUGGAAACGCUCCGGAUGGCGGUGGAGUACAUCAAAAGCUUGGAACGUCUGCUCGAACACUCCGGCACGGGUGGGGCACGAGUACCGACCUUCAACGAUGACACGACCGACACUCAACUACCCGCCACACCACCUCCCGAACCGGUUACCGGCCAAUCGGGUAACUUCUUUCUCGCAAUCAAACCACGCACCACGAAGCUGGAAAACACUGGUUCUGGCAUGGUGGCCACCAGCGGUGUCGGUACGCUCGAUCAAACGCAGAUCACCAUCAUCAAUGGGCAUCAGUAUAUGCGCAUCCCGGGCACUAACACCUUCCAAUAUCUCGACCCGGAAAGCCUGCAUGAUGAAGAUGACAGCUCGACGGAGCGGGCACCACUGCCAGACGAGGAAGAGGACACGUGCUCCAGCAGCGGUGAUCUGCUCAGCGAAUCCGCAAUCGCACUAUCGCCGCAGAGCAACUUUACGCUCGAGCCGGACACGGACUCCAAGCGGGACGUGGACUCACUCUACCACUCCAUCGUCUCCCAACCAGACGGUAGCGUGUUCGAUCAGCAGCAGUACGAUGAUCUGAUGCUGAUCAAGUCGGAACUGCAAGACGAAGCGGACCUGGCGGAGGAUGCAUCCUUUCUCAGCUGGUUCGAGGCGAACCAGCAGUUGCAGCUACAGCAUCAGUUGCAACAGCACCUACAGCAGCAGCUCCAAACAGAGCAGAGUUUGCUGGACUGA